UUUAAAGGCUGCUGCAGUGGCCCUCAGCAGUCAAAUUUGUGCCUGAAAGCCAUUUGCUCUCCUUGCUUCUCCGAUAUAUGCAUGGCUGGAUCGGUUCUUUGGGCAGUAGGAGCCUUGGCUGCAGGCGUCCUACAAGUCUUCACGUCAAGCACCGGGUCUAUUAACCGCGAUCUUGGUCCCUUAUUAUCCCAGGAAGCUCAAAUCUAUCUUCCAGGGUCUGAAGGAUUCAGCAAUGCGACUACGAGGUGGAGCGCUGCUGCCAGGCCUGACUUCAAAGCAAUUGUGAAAGUUAAGACUGAGGCUGAUGUCCAGCAUACAAUCAAGUAUGCCAAUGAACACAACUAUCCCUUCCUAGCAAUUUCAGGAGGCCAUGGCCAGACAUCCGCCCUGAACAACAUCCAUGGCGGUAUUGGCAUUUGGAUGCGUGGUAUGAAGGGUGUCAAGAUUAGUCACGAUGGAGGUGUCGCUAGUGUUCAAGGUGGCAUAGAAAAUGGAGAGCUUGUAAGAGCUCUGUGGUCUCAAGGCAAGCAGACUGUCACCACGGGUUGCGAUUGUGCGGGGUUUAUCGGACCGGUCAUGGGAGGGGGGCAUGGCUGGCUUCAAGGAAGAUACGGGCUUCCAGCGGAUAAUCUCAUGUCAGCACGCAUGGUGCUCGCGAAUACAACAGUCAUCUCUGUAUCCGAGACUUCUCACAAAGAUCUAUUCUGGGCCAUUCGAGGCGCAGGCCACAACUUUGGAAUCUUCACGGAGAUUGAUAUCAAAGUUUACGACCGGAGACCAGAACAAGAUCAAUGGGCAGCUCUAGGGUUGACCUUUACGCACGAUAAAUUAGAAAAGGUCUUCGCCAUUGCGAACAGCUGGUUGCAGAGCCCAAACCGGCCGGUCGAACUCACCCACUAUGGCACUGUUUCCUUGAAUCCUGAUAUUAAUAUAAGAAUGCCUGUGAUUACAUUCUGGAUAUACUGGCAAGGCAGCACCAUCCCCAAAUCUUACACAGAGCCGCUAUAUGCGCUGAAUCCCGUAAGCGUUGAUUCGAGUGUGACGGACCUAGCUGGGGUGAAUACCCAUUUAGCAGCGGCAUAUGGCAUGGCCGCCUGUUGGACAGGAUACUCCCGUCAACUAUACCCUGUCUCCUUGAACUCAUGGCCGCUAGCCAAUCUCCGUGGGCUACUGGAAAUCUUCGCAUCAAUGCCAUCCGCUUUUAGAUCCUCGAUCGUGUUACUCGAGGCAUAUGCAACGAACCGAGUGAGCGAAAUCCCGAGCGAGAGUAUUUCUUAUCCGGAUCGAGGCGGGCAGCUACUUAUAUCGCCGUUACUAACGUAUGCGGCAAAUGCAAGUUUAGACGAAGAGGCAUUCUCUAUUGGCAAGCGGAUUCGAAAUAUGCUACUAAACGGAAUUGAUGAGCCCCUGAUCGCGUAUGUCAAUUAUGCACAUGGAGACGAGAGUUUGGAGGCCGUAUAUGGAUACGAAUCGUGGAGGCUAGAGAAAUUAAGGAGGUUGAAGGCAGAGUAUGAUCCGCAUAAGAAGUUCAACUUCUAUGUGCCCAUCACAUGAUCAUGAGGCUGCACCCACACCCUAUCAAUCAUCUCGUGCCGGGCUUUUUAGUAACUGGUGCAUUGAGAGGUUUUCGAGGAAGUGGUUAUGAAAGCUGAGAGACGCAUCCCAACUCUACUAUCUACCAUUAUUCUGGGGCAGAUUUGUGGAGAUUUUCAGGACUCUUCUAUCUCUGGAAAGUUCGGCUGGGGUUAUGUUAGGUCCAGACAUCGCCGAGAGAUAGAUGCAAUUGAGGUAUAUAAAGUGCUCG